AAAUAACGCUGCAGUAGCUUUUAAAUACGAACGCAAUGGAAAGAUUGUCAUAGAGAACACUUGUAUCGAAAUACGUGCAGACAUUAGCUUUUCUAACCAAAAGUUGCGAGCGGGAUUUCUGAUGGACGCUAAACCUUCAACAACCUAAACCCAGCAACCCAGCCUUUUCUCGCCUUUUACAUACACCAUAAAUAUAUAUUGAAAUGGAAGAAACACCUACUGUUCCAGAAAAUGAAGUCUUGUCACUCAUCAUAAGUCAGUUGAUUGCUUACGGUUACUCGGCGAUUGCACAAAGCGUUGCUGACGCGACUGGUGCAACUGCUGACAUGACACCGAGCCACAAACUCGCUGAUCUGAUACAACUUGGCAAAGAAAAAAUGGAAAGCGAAGGAUCAGACGACGAAGAGUUUACAGCAGGCAGGACAAAGAUCGCGUCCGAUUCAGCACUACCCGAUUGGAGUAAAACAAAAGGCGGAUUUGAUCCCGAUGCCAUAAAGAGUGCGAUGAGCAAGAUGCCACCCAAUUAUGUACAACUCUACUAUACACAACACAAAGGACCGUGUCGUACAGCAGCAUUUAGUGCAGAUGGUCGAUUUGCAGCGACAGGCUCGCAUGAUUCGUCUCUCAAAGUGCUCGACGUUCAAAAGAUGAAGAAACGGACGGGUGAGGCUGGCGACAAGCCUGUGAUUCGAACAUUAUACGACCAUACAGCACCCGUCAACGAUCUUUCUUUUCAUCCAAAUGGCUUGGUCUUGGCCAGUUGUGCCGAGGAUCAGAGCGUGAAAUUGUUCGAUUUAUCAAAGUCGGGUGUCAAGCGAUCGUUCCGUUACUUCCAGGACUCGCUACCAGUCAAAUCAAUCAGCUUCCACCCAUCAGGCGACUUUUUGCUCGCAGGCACGGAGGAUGCAGCAGUACGGAUAUACGAUGUAAAGACGCUCCAAUGUUUUACAAACUCGAAAACGGCCGAAAUGCAUCGAGGUCCAAUCACCCAAGUUCGAUAUUCGCAUAGUGGAAAAAUAUUUGCUACUUCAUCAGCAGAUGGUUCAGUACGCAUAUGGGAUGGUGUGUCAGGACAGUGUGUGCGAUGUAUCGAGGGUGCUCAUGGUGGUGCAGCCGCAUCCAGUGUGCGUAUCAUGCGAAACGAACGAUUUGUGCUGACAGCAGGAAUGGAUUCGACUAUGCGUUUGUGGGAUAUUUCAAGUGGAAGAACCGUGGUUGAAUAUCGAGGGCAUGAGCAGGUUACACAGAUGUUGCAGCCUGCCUUUACAUAUAAUGAAGAUUUCGUUUUGAUUGGUGAUGAAGCAUCAAGCAAUGCUGUUUGCUAUGAUACCCAAACGGGCGACCUACUUUCCAAAAUCUCGGGACAAAACAAUCUGGUGCGAUGUGUCGUACCAUCUCCAACAGACAACGGCAUUCUAACAUGCAGUGAUGAUUAUCGAGCAAGAUAUUACAUGUCAGAAUUGGAGCAAUAGUACUUUACAAACCAUUACCAUUAAAAAAUCACCAACAUUACUACUACUAUAUAGUUUCAUCAU